AGCACUAAUCUUUCAGAUGCUGUAUCUCUGCUCUCCAGAAGUCUUCUCAACUCAAUUGCUGUGCUAUUUAUUUCUUCCCUCCUCAAAAGGUUCAGGAAAACUUAUUGGACCUUGAUGUUGGUUCCACUGAUCCUUUUAUUUCCUGUUUGGCAGGUGCACCUUCACCUUGUAAAUUACAAUGCUCUAUUCCUUUUUACAUGGAGAUCUUUCUAAAUGCUUUGGGCCUGGCCUUUUCGCAUGCGUAACCAGAAUCCCCAUCUGUGAUGGCAUCCUUCUGAUCUUUCUUCUUUCUACGAGAAGCAGCCUAGAAAGAAGACUAUUUUGCCACUCUUGUUGUCCUGUUUAGAAUCACGCUAAGAGCAAUGGAAGGCGAUGGUGACUUUGUACAUUGCGGAUCUGCAUUUGUAAAAAUUGAAAGACCUCAACUUGUGGAAAAGAGCAAUACCACAUCAGAAGUGUGGAGAUACUUUGGUUUCCAACCUGGUAGUGACGGUAGACCAGAAAACAUUGAAACUCCAGUCUGCAAAAUCUGUUUCCGUGUCAUUCCAGCAAAGGCCUCAAACACAAGCAACCUUUAUGCACAUUUGAAAUCCCAGCACCCUCACAUUUACAUAGAGGUCAAAAGCAAACCGAACCAGGCACCAACUACCACAGCUUCAUCUGGGGAACCAAGCAAGGAUCAGACAUCCAUGAUGCGGGAAAUCUUUCAGCGAAAGGAUAAAUUUGAUCCAAAACCCCGAGAGCACAGGGAGCUGACUAAGGCUGUGACGUACUUUGUCACCAAGGAUAGGAUGCCUCUGAAUACUGUUUCCAAGCCUGGUUUUCAGCACCUCUUGAGUAAGUUUAACCCGAAAUAUGAGCUGCCAAGCAAGAACUAUUUCUCCAGAGUAGCUAUUCCAUCACUUUAUGCGGAUGUUCGCAAAGUUGUGGAGAGAGAAUUAAAGACUGGGGAUUAUUUUGCUGCAACUGUUGAAACAUGGACAUGCAGAAGCAAUGAAAUGUACCUAACGUGUGGCGUUCAGUAUGUGGAUAGUGACUGGAUCCUCAAAACACACUGCCUGCAGACCCAGUACUUACCGGAUGAACAUACUGGUCAGAGUCUUAAGUGCGCCCUUGAAGAUGUGCUGGAGGAAUGGGGGUUAGACCCUACCAACCUUGUCGCUGUCACUACAGACAAUGGGCCCACUGUUAAACAUGCCUGUGAGUUGUUAGGCUGGAAAAGAAUUAGCUGCUUCAGCCAGAAUUUGCAAAGUUCUAUCCAAAAGGGUCUUGAGGAUUCACGCAUUGAACGAAUUAUUCAACUAUCUCGUCAAAUAUUCUCUCAAUUUUCACGCAGUUGGAAAAGGAAGCGAGAUUUUUCUAUAGCUCAGGGUCAGAAGGGGCUUCCAAGAAAUUCUCUAAAAGCAGAUGUUAACAACCAGUGGGGAACAACUUUGGAUAUGCUUGAAAGAUUUCUUGAGCAGCAGGAUGCUGUCAGAGCUGUAUUAGCCCAUGACCGUAAGAUAUGUCGUCUUGUUCCAACGUGGCAGGACAUUGAUGUUCUUGAGUCCAUUAUAAGUGUUUUACGCCCAUUCCGUGAAAUGACAGAAGCUCUAUCUUCUGAGAAAUUCAUUGCCAUUUCAGCAAUAAAUCCUCUAAUAAAACACAUAUGUAAUGAUCUUGUAAGAGAGGAACAAGAGGAGCUAACACUUGGCUUUCUAAUGCGAAUGAGAAUCAAACGAGACCUUGAAAUACGAUAUGGAGACCCAGAAUUGGUUCAUUUUCUGGAAAAAGUUACAUUCAUUGACCCCCGGUUUGGUCCCACUUGUGUAGACAAUCUAGAAAAUGUCCUACAGCAGAUUAAGGGAGAGGUACUUGCUGGAAAAGUGGCUAAAGAACCGUCAAUAUUUCAAAUUGGCUUUGAUGGUUCAACACUUUCUCCAUCAAGCAGCUGGUAUGAUCGAGAUAGCCCAGGACCAAGUCAUCCAAAAAAAGCCAAAUAUGGAGGAGGACUUGCAAAGGUAUUUGGAAAGCAGAGUGGAGAUGGAGACACAGACAAAAUGGUAACUACUUCAGUUUCACUGCAGGAGCAGCUUGAUCGAGAGCUGGAUUUUUAUUUCAAGGAACCAAAACUCUCCUUGGAAAGCUGUCCUCUUCAGUGGUGGAAAGCAACCCAGAAUUGCCUGCCGUUAUUGGCAAAACUAGCCAAGAAGUAUCUCUGUAUCUCUGCAACAAAUGUGGCGUCAGAAAGAGCAUUCAACAAUAAUUCAUCUGCAUUUGCUGAAUAUCGAAGCAUCGUGAAGCCGAAACAUAUGGACCAGCUGGUGUUCUUAGCUGAAAACCUUCCAUGAGCUUAAGGGCUUUGAAAAGAUCCCUUUUAAAGACUCAGUGCAGGAUUGUGCUGACUGAUUUUGGUAAUCAAGUGUUAAAAAGAUCAUUGAAAAAUGAAAUAUUGUAUCUGGGCCAGAAUGAAUUAAAGAUUAUACUCUGUUGGAUGGUGAACAUGGGGGUUAGCUAUUAGUUGUUAGGAAUGAGCUACUUUUUCCCUUUAAUUUGCAGAGGGUUGUUUUCCAAUGUAUAUGUUCUCCUUGAACCAAGUAACUGCAAUGUUCUUGUUGCUUAGCUUGCAGAUGUUGUUUGUCCUCUUGGCUUUCUACUUCUCCCUGCAAUCAGAUAUAAAGUCCCCUCCUUCUACAUUAUGCUUCUUCAAGAACAGUAGUGAGGGUUGGACAAAAUGCACUCAGCUGAGGCAACAAUUUAUCAGCAGAAAACACCUCUGUUAUGCAAACUCACAAAUUGCUGGUUUGGAGUUACAUACUGACUUGUUUAAGCCAUUGGGAUCCCUCCAAGCCAAAGCAUCAGCAUUUUUAUUCAGUUGACCAACUAAUACGUCGUUCUCUUGGAAGUGAUUUUAACAAAAAGUUGGAUUCUUUUUAUUCUGCUUUAUGUAUCUUUCUGUCAAUGACCUGCAUGCUAGCAUACCUGAUACAUGGUUGCGUGGAAGCUCCAUGUGUAUUUAUGGUAAUGAAUCAAUGAUGUGCUUCUUUUUGGUCAACUAAUGGGGGAAUGUACACUGAUAGUACUAAUGCCAUAUCAAGAAUAGGAAAUAAGGUAAAGGGAGAAGUAAUUAUUGAUUCAGCAUUCUGACUAUCCAAGUGGUCAAGUCCUCUGAAUGUUUUGGAACAUCUGUUUAAAAUUGUAUUCAUGCCUUGAGAGACUCUCUGAAUCUAAAUACAGAAGCUCCUGCUCUAAGUGGAAGAUGGUUACUGAAAUAUUUAAAUUUGUGUGACUGUCCACAAUAUUUUAAUGCAGGCUAUUUAUAUAUUACUACACGUUUUGUGUAUAACAUUUUUAGCCACAAAUAUUACUACCUAUAAUACUUUUUAAUGUCAACAUUUAACAUUUAUAAUGGAAUUCUUUAUGUAAAAAUUUAUGUAAGUACUUUAUAAUGGAAAAAAGUGUGUAAAGUUUCAGCAUCAUGAUAUGUUGAUAAAUCAUUUAAAUAAAACA